AUGCCUCAGCACGGAGAGAGGACAUUUCGGCUUCGUUCUUUCCCUCCUCUUUCUCCCCCGAUCCGCCGCCACAGCCGCCCUCCAGCCCACUUCGCGCCGCCCUCGACCACGCCGCCGCCGCUGCCUCGACGCCUCCGCCCCACGCCCUCACUUGCGCCCGGCCUCCGCCGCCCGGCCCCUCGCCUCCCGCCCCGACCUCGCCUCCCGCAGCGCCCGGCCUCCGCCCGCCCGGCCUCGCCUCCCGCCCUCCGGCCCUCAACCCGCUUGCCUCCGCGCCCCGCCUCGUGGCGCCCACGCCUCCGCUCGCCCCUGCCCGCCGACCUCGGCCUCGCCCUCCCACAGCGCCGGCCUCCGCCACGCCCCGCUUUCCGCCCGCCCUCCACCCGCCCGGCCUCCGCCCGCCGCUCCCCGCCUCCACCCGCCUCACGCCCCCGCCCUCCUCCGCCGGCCCCGCCGCGCCCGGCCUCCUCACUUUGCACCACUGAUGCCCAGGCCUCCUCCCGCCGAUAUGGUGACCUCCUCGUGAGGUACAUCGUUGAAGACCGCGAAGCUGAUGGAUCAGAGGAGAGGGUCGACGAUGGGGCAAACCACCAUCUGCCGGAACCGCACUCUCGGACACGAGCAUUUGAUGGAAGACUACUUCGCCGGUGCCUACAUACCCUCCUCGCCUCUUCGCAGAAAGGUACCGAGCAGCGCCGUAGUCUAUUUGUGAAGAUUGUGCUCAGGAGCGUAAUGAGGCGGCACCUCCUUUAUAUUUCAAGCAUCAGUCGAUCCGCCCGCAGUAUCAUGGGGUUUAGUACCGACGAGAAGAUACUGACAAUGCGGGUGCGGCCUAUGGUGUACUGCGGACUACAAGGACCGAGUAUCUUCGCAUUGGGCAAGGUGUAG